AUAAAUAUUAGGGGCUUUACGUAUACAACCGAAACUUAUUGCGUAAGGAACUUAUUAUCAAAGUAGAAGGAAAAUAACAAAGUGCAGUGAUGGCCACCACGGUGUCCUCAGAAUCCAAUUACCGUUUAGGGACUAAUCCGGCACGGCCGACGAAGAUGCAUAUCGACGAGAUGUUGCAGAAUUACUGCGGCGAGUUCGGUCCGUGGCAACUAAAACAAUUUAUCUUAACAAGCAUUGCAUGGAUCCUCAUGGCUUUUCAUUCCAUGGUCAUGAUUUUUGCCGAUCGUGAACCCCAUUGGAAUUGUCUUGAUAAUUCUAGUUGUGAUGCCGCUUCUCAUAACGUCUGUUCCCUCCAAACGGAUUUGUGGGAGUGGACCGGAGGCCGCGGAAGCUCCACCGUGUCGGAGUGGGGUUUGAUUUGUAGUGAAAAAUAUAAGGUUGGAUUGGUUCAUUCCUUGUUCUUCGUUGGCUCUUUGAUUGGUGCUGGAAUAUUUGGACAUCUCUCGGACUCUUUCCUAGGAAGACGAGGGUGUUUAGCAGUGGUUUGUGCCCUAAAUGGAGUUUUUGGUUGCUUAACACCAUUCUUUCCAAAUUAUUGGACCUAUGCUCUCUUCCGCCUCCUUACUGGUUUUAGCACCGGAGGCGUUGGCCUUUGCGCCUUCGUUCUCGUCACUGAACCCGUUGGUCCAACCAAGCGCGGCGUCGUUGGAAUCUCCACCUUUUACUUCUUCUCCGGCGGCAUUGCUAUUCUCUCCGGCAUAGCCUAUAUCUUUCAAAAAUGGCGCCAUCUCUACAUCGCUUCCUCUAUCCCCUCCUUUCUUUACCUUCUCCUUGUGCUUCCUUUCCUAUCCGAGUCCCCAAGAUGGUACCUUGUUCGUGGGAGGGUAAGCGAGGCCAUGAAGCUUAUGUCAACCAUUGCAUCUUUCAAUGGGAAGCACAUUCCCGAAGGGGUUAUCCUUGCACUAGAUGAUGAAGUGUCAGCAGCUAAAGAAAAUGAGUUAUGCAACAAUCAAAGUUAUAUGGAAAAUAAGGAUCCACUAGGUGGGUCCAUUGUGGAUGUGAUACGCUCCCCAAUCACACGUAAAAGGUUAUUGGUAACCGCGGCACUUAACUUUUUUGGUGGUUUAGUAUACUAUGGUCUCACCUUAAAUGUGGCAAAUUUCAAAGUCAACCUUUAUCUAAAUGUGUUGUUGAAUUCUAUGGGGGAAAUGCCAGCUUUUAUGAUAACAACAAUGUUAGUUGAUAGGUUAGGAAGGAAACCAUUGAUUGUAGGGACAAUGUGGUUUAGUGGAUUAUUUUGCUUGAUGGGGAGUUUGAUGAGAAAUAUUGGGGUGUGGAAAGUAAUUAAAAUGGUGUGUGGUGUUUUGGGGAUAUUUGGGAUGGCAGGAACUUAUAACAUAUUGUUUAUUUACACGGCGGAGUUGUUUCCUACGGUGGUGAGGAAUUCCGCCCUUGGUUGUAAUGCGCAGGCGGCGCAAUUAGGGGCUAUAUUGGCACCAUUUGUGGUUGUUUUGGGAGGUUGUUUUCCGUUUGUGGUGUUUGCUCUAUGUGGAAUUGUGGGUGGAGUUUUUGUGUUUUUUAUGCCUGAGACCAUGAACAUGCCUCUCUAUGAUACAUUUCAUGGAUUGGAGAAUGGACAUCCAUAAAAUUGCUUCUUUUUAAAUGUAAAUAUGAUGUUAAGUGCUUUUGGUAAAUGUAACUUUUUAUGAAGCACUUACUAUGAUGCUUUGAAUUUAUUUCCCUCA